CAUGGCCUGAUCUGUGACGUCAUCAAGUCUCUAUCAGCAACUACAUCUAACCAGGUAGUCUACACAACUUCAGACCUUCUAUAACUGACACACCAGUGUGAGGAAAGAACUUCAACGAUAACAAAUAAAGACGACAAAUAAUACAGACGACAUCUGUUCAGAGAAAUACUACAGUGUUUGGGAACAAACUGAUUCUACCACUUAAAAAAAAUGGCAUGUUCUACCGGCAGACCUAAAAACGGCAAAGCACUUCAAGAAGAAAUAAGGAGGCUUCAUGGGAUGUUAAGGAUAGGCAGAGUUAACUUUCAUUAUGAACAAUACUGGAGGAUCCAAUUUAGCCAGGAGCUGAAUGAGACAAAGCAACAGCUGGCUUACCAGAAAGCCAAGACUGAAUCCUUUAUCAACAAGGAAAAAGAAACUAGAAAGGAGCUUGAGAGGCUGAGGCAGUACAGUAAUGCAGAAGCUCUCAGUGCUUCAAACAUCGCCACUCAGGUGGGCAAUGAUAUCAAAAGGAAGAAGAAAAAAGAUCUUCAGAGAAAUUACAAGGAGCUGAAAGUGGCACAUGUGAUAAGCCAGGAGAGGCUUAUGGGCGAGCUCAAUGUGGAGAAGGACAAGAACAAGGCUCUCCAAGUAGAAAUGGAGAAGCUCAGAGCUUCACACCAUGUGCUCAGCCUAAAAAUUGAAAACCUCACACUCAAGCAGCAGAUCGAAAGCCUUCAGCGUGAGCAUGAGACUGAGAAAACGAUUAACACCCUGAAGGCAGAGAAAGACGCCCUUCAUCAUGAGCUAGAGAGUGAAAAGCUUGCUCAUGCAGAAAGGGAAGAGCAAAGUCAAAAACUGCUCGACACUAUGAAGGCUGAGAAAAACACCCUUAAGCGUGAGCUACAGUACGAACAGCUUGCUCAAGUAGAAAGGACAAAGCAAAGUCGAAACUUGAUCGACACCCUGAAGGCGGAGAAAGACGCCCUUCAGGGUGAGGUACAGUGCGAAAAGCAAGCUCAUAUAACAAGCAAAGAGCAAGGUCUAUGGCGGAUCAACACUCUACAGGCUGAACUAGAGAAUGAAAAACUUGCUCAUACAGAAAGGGCGGAGCAAGAUCUCAAGCUGAUCAACACCUUGAGGAUGGAGAAAGACACCCUUCAGCGUGAG